AUGGCUUGGACUGAAAUGCAAAAAAAUAUGCUCAUGCUUGUUUCAUUGGGCUGCAGUUUGUGUUCUGGUAUUAUUUUCAAAUCAUAACAAAGAUAAACAGUUGAUGGCUAAUCUUUUAACCAUCCUUUCUGUUAAACUCUUAUUAUGUUCGUAGGUGAAUUAUUGUGCUAUGGUGUAUUCGUUUUUUACAAAAGAAAAUAUGCAGAGGAUUAUGAAAAAGAUAGAAAAGAAAGUAUUGCCCAAGGAUAGUCUGAUAAAAUCAACAUUUUUAUCUUCGCAGCUCCUGCAGCAUGCGAUAUGGUCACUUCUACUAUCUCUUUCUUCUCUAUGAAUUUGAUGCCUUUAUCCAUGUAAUAUAUGUUUAAUGGUGGUAAUAUUAUCAUGACUGCUAUUUUCUCUGUCGUUUUCUUAAAAAGAAAGUUACAUAGAUAAAAUAUCUUUGGUAUUUUCCUUAAUGUUACUGGUUUAGCCUUUAUGGGUCUCAUGGCUUUAGUUGUUGAUAGCAACAGCAUUGAAAAUCCUACUUAAAUGAUGAUUGGUAUUAUUCUUUUAGUCUGCUCCUUUUUCACAUAUGCUACCUAAAUGGUUGUCGAAGAAAGAUUCUUUGGUAAAUACUUUUUACAUCCUUUCUAAGCUGUAGGUUAUGAAGGUAUGUUUGGUAUCGUUUAUGCCUCUCUUGGUAUCCUUAUUUUUAACUUCAUUCCCAACCCUAGUUCUUUUGAAGCAACUCCAAAUAAUAAAAUCGAAGAUUUCCCUAAUUUCAUAUACUAAGUUUUCUCAUUCUAAAAUGUUGCUUUGUUCUUCUUAGUCCUUGCUGGUGUCGUCAUUAUCAUUAUCCUUAAUGGUGUUGGUCAAGCUGUUACAAAGUACGUAUCUGCUCUUGCUAGAGCAGUCUUAGGUGUUACUUCACCUUUCUUGAUUUGGAUGUUCUGUCUUGCUGUUGGAUGGGAAGAUUUCAAGUGGUACUAACUUGUUGCUUACUUCAUUAUUACCACAGGUACUCUCAUUUACAAUGAAAUCUUGGUCAUUCCUAUAUUGGGUUUCAAUAAAAACCUCAGAAGACACGCUGCUGCUGCCGCUGCUGCCGCCGCCGAAGAAUAACAAUUACUCAGUGGCCCUCCUCAAAAACAAUCUUUGAGAGGUUCAAGACGUACUCAUCGUUCUUUCAAAUCUGUUGGCUAAUUUAAUGAUGAACCUGUUUCAAAUAUAACUGAUUAAUAUUCUGAUGAUUGA